AUGGACCGACUAACGACCAGUGACGCUGACCAGGCAUACCUGCCCACCGCUGACUCGAACCACCGUGACCGAGAGUUCAUCCUCAUGAACAAAAUCGCUCACGGGGGCUCUUACCCCGGUCGAGAUGACGACUUGGCGGCCAUGAUUACCUCCGGAAAUAUCCGGAAAGCCGCUGCACUACCGAGCUCGGGGAAGCAAGAAUCGGGCGUGCCACCGAGAGCCUCGCCGGUCGCACCGCAAGAAAUUGCGGUCCCGGCGACGGCGACCUCGAAGGGAGUUGCGCCGCUGGACUCGACCACCCAAGAGGUCGAUGCUCCCCCGGUUGCCCCACUGGCCCCGAUGCCACAAGAAGAACCCCUUGUCUCGCUAGUAGACGCGCCGUCCUGCGUUGGGGACAUCCCUGCGGUCUGGACGGGCGCUAAGACAGCACAAGAGGCUACCGAGAUGGAGGUCAUCGACCUCCCUGACGCGAACCUUGCCGAGGCAAUCGCCGAGGCAGAGAGUCGCGAUGCAGACCAUGACGACGCCCGUGCGCCCAGGAAGCGCCGGGCCACGACACACGACGACUCAGACACGCACUCCUCGACCUCUGACUCUGCAAGGCCGAGGAAGAAGGCACCCAGAGCCUCCCGCGCUGCCGCUGCAGCGGCUGGGAGGGCUGGUGCUAGUGCCGCCAAGGCACCACACCCGACGAGGACACAGCAGCCCACUGCGACAGUUGCUGCCUCCAGGCAGCCUGAUGAGGACGGCUUUGCGUCGCCGGCGCGCAGGGCGUGCCACCCGUGCCGCAGCGCAACAGACUGUCACCGACACUCCGCCGCAGCAGCGGCAACCAGCCCGCGCUGCGCCACGGCUGCAGCCGGACACUGUCACCCCGCGGCAGUCAACGCCACCAGAGAGGCCCCAGUCAACCGCCCCUGUGGCGGAGGUCGCCCCAGCGACAUCCGGCGUCUCCUCUGCACCAGAAGCAGCAGCUGA